AUCCUCCGUUCAUUCUUUCACUCGCCCCACUUCAUUUCUCUAGCAGGGACGUCCCGUUAACGGGAGGGCUGAAAGGGGAUAGCAAAUCGGCUGCAUUUUCUCUCUCUCUCUCUGCCAUUUUGAGAGAAACCUGUCGGCCUCGCAUAUUGGGAUUUCUGCAGUUUUAACGGAAAAUAAGAAUCAUGACGUGAUUGUUGUUAUUUCGGGAUUUGUGUAGAACUGUUUCAGCAGGGAAGACCCCUGUGGCGGAGUCUGAGGAUAACGACAACAACAGAAGCAGGAAGUGCUGACUUGAACCUUGACACCAAACUACCAAAGCCAUGUGCUCCGUGAACAAUCCAAACUGGGUGACCUUCGAGGAUGAGGGGAGAACGUCUACGUCUCCUUCUUUUGCCUCAACCCCCUUGAAGAUCCCAGAGAGUGGGACAAAGUUGGCCGCAACACCCCUGAAGUCACCAGGGGCAAAGACAAGUUCACCCCCUUCCUUUGCCUCUACACCUCUGAAGACAGCCCCAGGUAGUGUGACAACGACAGGGUUAAAGACAAUCCCCCGUCCCAAUGGACUAAAGCUGAUACUGCCCCCAGUGGGAGAUCCAUCCUGGAUCUUCAGCAGUUCCCUUGAAUCCAGCUCCCCUCCAAUGCACUUUAACCUCAAUGGAAGUUCCUGUGUGCCCUGCAACACUCCUCUUUGCACUCCGGUGAGGGAGGUUCCUCCUACCGGCGCAUUACCUUUCCAUUGCAGGCCCUGGGAUCAGCACGAUUUCUUCCGUAGUUUUUCCAGUUCAUCCUCUGCCUCUGUGCCUUAUUCUUCUUCUCCCCCUGGCCCAGACCAGGCCACCACUACCGGCACCACCACACAUCCCCAGGGUGACGUCUCCGUCUCGGUCUCCGAUGGCCCCAGUACAUUCUCCUCCUUCCAGGGGGACCCGGGACAUUUCAACCCAUUCUGGGAGGGGGCUGGUGGGCAUAGCGUGGACUCUGGGAGCUCAUCUUCUGACUCCGAGGCUGGAGGUUCUAGUCUGCCUCGCUUCUUCAUUCGGACGAAAGACGGCAAUGAGCCUCCUCGACCAGACCAGCUCCAGAGCUCCUACUCCUACAUCUGCCACAAGCUGGAGGGCCUGCGGGCCGAGGAAGACAAUGACACAGAGGAAGGAGUAGGGAUGGAGAGGGGGGAGAGGAGAGGAGUAAGAGACAGGGAGGCGGUCAAGGAGGGACCAUCACCAGCCUUCGUCUCUCACGGUCUGUUCCGUAGCGAGAGGAGAGACGGCUGGUCUUUAAUGCUGAGGAUCCCAGAGAAGAAAAACCGAAUGUCGUCCCGACAGUGGGGCCCCAUUUACCUGCGUCUGCUGUCUGGAGGCGUGCUCCAMAUGUACUAUGAGAAAGGACUGGAGAAGCCCUUCAAAGAGUUCCAGCUGCAGCCUCACUGCAGGUUGUCAGAUCUCAAGCUGGAGAGCAAUGGAGAGCCUCGCAAGAUCCAGACAGUUAAGGUGGAGCACGUGUCUUACACAGAGAAGAAGCGCUACAACCACAAGCUGGAGGUGUCCCACGAGGCAGAGGUGGAGCAGCUGCUGAAGUUUGGAACCACGGAACACGGCGACAUGGAGGACCUUUUCGAAACUAUGGAGGAGGAGCUUCUCAGGCUGGCGCCUCCGCUGUUGCAGAAACGUCACUACGACGAACAGGAGAUGACACUGCAGAUCACAGACCACCUCUGGGUGCAGCUGGACAAGGAUGGUGUGUUGAUGGACCGGGCGGCCAUGACGAGGAUCCACUGCCUGGCGUUCCUCAAUGGCCCAGGGGAUUGCUUCCUGGCUCUCAACGACUUGGGGCUUCUCCGCUUCGACGCCAGCUACGGCUCUGGCUCCGAGGAGGAUGACCUCCUGGAAGGCUGGAUGGAGAUCAGCGACUGCCACUUCCACAAGUGCAUCAACGACUUGGAGUUCCACAGGUCCCGGCUGCUCAAGUUCUCUCCUCCGGACGCCUGUAGAGUAGAACUGAUGCGCUACAAAACGUUAGCCCUGGGAAGUACCGAGCUGCCCUUCUCCAUCAAAGCCGUGGUGACUGUCCAAGGGGCCUAUGUGGAACUCCAAGCCUUUCUCAACAUGUCAGCCAUCUUCCCGUCAUUUAUCGGCGUGUCGGAGACUCAGACACUCUGCGAGAAUGUCCUGAUCCGUGUGCCGGUACCGGGGGACUGGGUGAAGGUGUCGCGUACAGUGACGUUGCUACGACGUAAGUCACUGACGGCCAGGAUGAACCGGAACGCGUGUCUGGGGUCAGUCAGCGCUUCAGAGUCACAGCCAGUCAUGCAGGUUACCGUGGGGACGGUCAAGUAUGAGAAUGUGUACUCAGCCAUCGUGUGGAGGAUCGACAGACUGCCUGCUAAGAACAUGGCAGUGGACCAUCCCCAUACCUUCUCCUGUAAGUUAGAGCUCGGUUCAGACCAGGAGAUCCCCAGUGACUGGUACCCGUUUGUCACAAUGGAGUGUGACAUGGUGGGGGCCGUGGUUUCACAGACCAGAGUGAAGUCACUGGGCACAGAGAGUGACAUUCAGCCUCAGAAACAUGUCACCAGUAGGACCCACUAUCAUUGUCAGGUAGAAAUUGAGAAGAAGUGGAUUGAGACAGAAGCACAAGGGCAAUCAGGCUGCACAACACAGUAAUGAUUAUGAUCAAGGAAGUCUUAAAGGAUCAAGUCUCACAUUACCAUACUCCCAAGUCUCGUUAGUCAUAAGGAAGCCUGGAAUUGAGGCUAUACACUAGAUGCCCAUUUCCUUGGUCCAAGACAUUUUUGCUCACCAAACUCAUCCUCGCUGUUUCAAAACAAGGACACAUGUUUAAAAGGGACAUAAUCUACAUGUGGCUGAUGAACAAUUGUGCUUUUAUAUUGUGUGUUCGUUGUGUAUACUUUAUCACCUUUAAGUCUGUCAUAAUAUUGUUUGGUCCUAUUGUACUCCUGUAUGUAUGGAUAUUAACAUGUUGUAUAUCCUGGGUGCCAGACAUGACAAGAGAGCAGAAACAGACUGGCAGUCAGGCUAGUUCUAACCUGCAUGGUAGAAUAGAAUUAGGCUACAACAAACAAAUAUAUUAUCAUUGGAAGAACAAACAAUUGAACACACAGCCCUACCAUCACAAUGCACUUUAUAUUUGUCUCAGAAGAUUAGUCAUUGUGAAAUGACAGGAGGUUGAAGAAGCUCUCUUUAUAAAAGAGUAAAUACCACAAUCUUGUAGGCUUGCAUUUAACACACUCAAAAUGACUGGUUUUCCGGACACAGAUUAGGCAUAGGAGGCUGCUGAGGGGAGAACGGCUCAUAAUAAUGUCCGGAAUGGAGCAAAUGGAAUGACAUCAAACACCUGGA